GCUUUAAUUGCUUCCUUUUUAAAAGUAUCCUCAUUAGGCUAUGGUUGCCUAAGGGGUGUGGGGAAGGGUUGGGUUCGGUGAAGGUGGUGAACUCGGGCUUGUUAAGCCAUCAGUUCAUCAUCAUCUGAGGAAAACGCUAUAAACUUCUGCGUUAGCACGAUAAUAGAGACGGCAAAAGUUAUUUUGAAGAUGGAAGAAUACGAAGGAACUUCAAAACCAAAAACAAAGAGUGUUGUGCUAAAUAGAGAUCGAGAAGUGACUAUACCGUACAGUAAAGAAGAAACUAAAAGGCGAAAAGAAGUAGAGCGUCGCAGAUCAAAGUCAAAGAAAGAGGAUGAAAAAGACGACGAAGAGAUUGAUGAUGAUGAGGAUGAAGAGUUAGAAGAUCUGUUCAGAGAAAUUGAUGAUUUUCAUGGUAGUGGUGAUGAUGGUAAUAACGAUAAUGACGAUCAAGGUGGAAACGGUGGUGCUUUGAUUAUUAAACCUUUAAGUGGUCAUCAUGCAUAAGAUUAUCAUGAUGACGCACAAAAUGAAGAACAUGAGGGUGUUAAUCCUGAGGGGGAGUCUACAUCUAGAACUACACAUGAUGAAUCGGUAAAUGUAUUCUCUUCUAUUCCUAAAGUCAUUUAUUUGAGUCACGAUGUUA